CAGUCAUAGAUGCCCAUAUCUUUCCAGCUCUUAUCAAUAUUUUGCAAACGGCUGAGUUUCGGACAAGGAAGGAAGCUGCCUGGGCAAUCACAAAUGCAACAUCUGGAGGCUCUGCUGAACAGAACAAGUAUUUAGUAGAACUGGGAUGCAUCAAACCACUCUGCGACCUCCUUACAGUAAUGGACUCAAAGAUUGUGCAAGUAGCACUGACUGGGCUGGAGAACAUCCUGAGGCUUGGAGAGCAGGAAUCCAAACGCAGCGGCACUGGCAUUAAUCCCUACUGCGCUCUUAUUGAAGAAGCAUAUGGCCUGGACAAGAUUGAGUUCCUGCAGAGCCAUGAGAAUCAAGAGAUUUAUCAGAAGGCCUUUGAUCUGAUCGAGCACUACUUUGGAACAGAGGAUGAAGACAGCAGCAUUGCCCCACAGGUGGAUCUCAGCCAGCAACAGUACAUCUUCCAGCAGUGUGAGGCUCCUAUGGAAGGCUUCCAGCUCUGAGGUGCCCCUGUGCUGUGUGCUCCUCUACGUAGCCAAUCCUGUUGUCGAGCCACAAGCCACCCGUGGAGUGAUUCUCUCAAUGUUUUCCAUAACCCUGUUUGCGCUCAUUCGCUUGCCUUGUGCACAUGCUCUUACAUACAUCUGGAAAACUUUUAGCUCUCCAUGGCAGGAUGCCCUCUCCUUGGCAAGGGGUCGCCAGAAUCACCCUUCUCCUCUAGAUUCUGAACCUCUCCACUGUCACCUUCGUGGAGUUGAGGCACUUUUCUAUACUUUGAGAUAUUCCAUGCUCCUAUUACAGGAAAAUAAUCCCUCCUCCACUAGCCCCUGCACCCCUGGCAUCCAAGAUAAGGCUGCCUUUCUCACGUAUUUGCUGCAGCGUGUGCCUGCAGUCCAGGGAGACAUUGAGACUUUCUGAGAACGUAGCUGAAUUCAUUGCCCACACUCGUCCCUGGAUGCCUCUUUGGAUGGCUGUGAGAUGCAUUAAAUCUUCACGUGUGCAACCUAUCUACUUUGCUGUAUGUGCCAGCUGGGUUUAUUGGCAUAUAGAACACGUUAACAAAUAAUGGAGUAAGUUCUCUAUC